UCUGUUUUUCAGACAAUGGAGGCAACUAAUGCUGGAAAAAUAUUUUCUAAUGCAUGUCUGGUGGAUGUAGCAAGCAGUAUAAAAGGAUUACGCUACUAUGCAGGCUGGGCUGACAAGAUCCAGGGCCGCACCAUACCUGUGGUGGAACUUCCCAUUGAUCGUGCUGGUGUGGAAUAUAGGACCUGCCCUCAGCUGUGGAAAUACGGUGAUCGUCAAACCCGCAGAGCAAACUCCGCUCACGGCUCUUCAUGUAGCAUCUUUAAUUAAAGAGGCAGGUUUUCCCCCUGGAGUGGUGAACAUUGUCCCUGGCUAUGGGCCUACCGCAGGGGCAGCCAUCUCCUCCCACAUGGAUAUUGACAAGGUGGCCUUCACAGGAUCGACAGAGGUUGGCAAACUAAUCAAAGCAGCUGCUGGGAACAGCAACCUGAAAAGGGUCAGCCUGGAGCUGGGAGGGAAGAGCCCCUGCAUCGUGUUUGCCGACGCCGACCGUGAGUACAGCUGCCUCUGCGGAGCCCGAGCCCGCGUCCUUUCUGGUGUCUGACAGUGCCAGACAGGGAGCUUGAACUGCACAAACACGUUUUCUUCAAAACGAAAGGAACUCAUCCGAG